GAAUAAUGCAACUAGUUUAACAUAUUUGGGGAGAAAGAGCGGGGAGAGGCGGUGUUUCAGAGAAGGCGGUGGUGCUCUUGUAAUUGGAAAAGCUCCGCGAUGUGACAAGACGCUUUGGCGAACACCGCAGAGAUUGAGUGCGUGAGAGGGAUUUGAGUGGGUGCAACCGAGCUAGAGAAUCUUCCGUUUACUGUCUUUCUUUCUGCCACACGUACCUUCGCGGUCAAUCGCAUCACAUCUUCUCUUCGUUUAGGCUACUCUCUCUACCCAUUCGGCGUAUUUCACUCGGAUAACUUCUCUCUAAAGGAAAAUACUGUUUAUGGUUUUGACCGAAGAUUUCAAGAUGUCUCGCACCGACGAGGUUCACCGCAUAACGGAGAAUGUCUACAAGUCCAUCAUGGAACAGUUCAACCCCUGCUUGCGGAACUUCGUUGCCAUGGGGAAGAGCUAUGAGAAGGCCCUAUCCAAUGUGACGUUUGCUGCUAAGGGCUACUUUGAUGCCCUGGUGAGGAUGGGAGAGCUCGCCAGUGAGAGCCAGGGGUCCAAGGACAUGGGUGAGUAGUAGUCUGUCAGGAUGUUGUUGUGUCCUGCCCGUCCCCGGACCUAAAGGGCUAUUCAAUGCUUGUCUUAGUGUUUGUACUGUAAGUCAGUUUGUCCGUGUCUAUCAGCUGCCACAUAUCUCUUUCCCUUCCCUGGACCUAAAGGGGCGGUUAACUGGGCUCUCCUGCUGGCCAACACACACACACUGUCACUUCCUGUGUUUGUGUCACAGUAAUGUCAGGUCUGUAGAGAGAUGACCCAGUCUUCGUUUUCCACGCAGGCAGCAUUGUGGGGUCACUCAUACACUCUAAAAAGAAAAGCUUCCUGGAAGAUCUUUUAGGGAUUCCUCAAAUUGAACUGUGGGGGAACCUCUCAGUUCUUCAAAGAACCCCCUUAAUGGUUCCGCAAAUAACCUUUUUGGGUUAUUUUUUUACCCACCACUAUUAUUAUUAUUAAUAUUAUUAAUAUGCAUAUCAACAACAACAAUAACAAAAUAUUUUAGUUUUUUAUGAUUUUAGUGGAAAAGCAGGUUUCAAAAAUGUAAAUAUGAGGUAAACUCCCAGCAGAGCUCCAAGUUCAAUCAGUUUAUCCCCUGGCAUGUUAGUGUGGUGAUAUCCUUGGUAUCCACAGCCAGAAGGGUUUUUCAGUGCAUGCUGAUGGAACAGGUUUCCAGUUCUAUUCAUCAGAGGUGUAGGGAGGGUGAAGUCUGUGAAAACUAAAAUAUGACUUAUACAGAUGAGUAACAAAACGUGCACAUGACCGUAUUCAAACCUUGUUUUUUGUUGUAAAUGUGAAUGAAAACAUUGUUCACUUUUGACUGGUUUUCAUUCACACAUCUUGUCCAUAAGGUAGAGACGUCUGGGAUCUUCGUUGAAGAGGUCAGGGAGGAGGAAGAUGACUGCUGCUAGAAGGUUUUACAGAAACCAUUAAUAUAUAUGUGGUGAUAAUGUUAUGCAAAUCACAUGUAGGUUAUGUGACAAAAAGUGCCGACCAACACAGGGAGAAAGUGCCGACCAACACAGGGAGAAAGUGCCGACCAACACAGGGAGAAAGUGCCGACCAACACAGGGAGAAAGUGCCGACCAACACAGGGAGAAAGUGCCGACCAACACAGGGAGAAAGUGCCGACCAACACAGGGAGAAAGUGCCGACCAACACAGGGAGAAAGUGCCGACCAACACAGGGAGAAAGUGCCGACCAACACAG